AGCUUAGCUUUUGGAAAGAGUAGCAAAUACGGUCAUACGAGUUUGGGUAAGUGUGACUAAUUUCAUUUUCCCAGGAAAAAAAUGUUCAACGGAAAAUCGAUUGUAGUUGUUUCCCUAACUCACCGCCACCAACAUGGGCAACCGAACCCAGCCAACCACCCGAGCUGACGACGACGACGACCUACCUGGCCUAGCCACCACCGUCUCCGGCCAGUCGGUGUCCAUGAGUGGCAGUGUGGGUUCCCCCUCUAGCCGUAGCGAACAGACCAUGGCUACUCCCGCCAGCGACAACACUUUCCUCAGAUUGAACCAUCUCGAUAUUCAUGGUGACGAUGCCGGUUCCCAAGGGGCCGUUGGUAGCAAGAAGAAAAAGAGAGGUCAACGGGCUGUUGGGGGUGAUAAGAGUGGAAGAGGGCUCCGCCAAUUCAGCAUGAAAGUGUGCGAGAAGGUAGAAAGCAAGGGAAGGACUACUUAUAAUGAGGUUGCUGAUGAACUAGUAGCAGAGUUUGCUGACCCUGGCAGUAGUGUUACGACACCAGAUCAGCAACAAUAUGAUGAGAAAAACAUCCGGCGAAGGGUAUAUGAUGCCCUAAAUGUUCUUAUGGCAAUGGAUAUAAUAUCAAAGGAUAAAAAGGAAAUACAAUGGAAAGGCCUCCCUCGCACAAGCGUCAAUGAUAUUGAAGAAUUAAAGACAGAACGUCUUGGUCUGAGAAAUCGCAUUGAGAAAAAAACUGCAUAUUUGCAAGAACUGGAGGAACAAUACGUAGGUCUUCAGAACCUGAUUCAGCGUAACGAACAAUUAUACAGCUCUGGGAAUGCCCCAAGUGGGGGUGUAGCUUUACCUUUUAUUCUUGUGCAAACUCGUCCUCAUGCAACUGUUGAAGUGGAAAUAUCAGAAGAUAUGCAGCUGGUGCAUUUUGAUUUCAAUAGCACACCUUUUGAGCUCCAUGAUGAUAAUUAUGUCCUGAAAGCAAUGAAAUUCUGUGAAACAUCUUCCCAUGGGGAUGAUGAUGAAAUGGCACACAAUUUUACCGCAGAUGGGGGUGAGGGUUCUAGCCGGCUGAGCAUGUAUCAAACGCAAAUUCCCCCCCUGCCUUCAAUGUCAAACACACCUGUAAGGAAUCCAACCUCGCCCCCUCUUCCCGGGAUUCUGAAAGCUCGUGUUAAACAUGAGCACUAAAGAAUUAUAAGCUUGAUCAUCCUGGCCUUGGCUGAUAAUAUUAGAUUCUGUAUAUUGUGUAGAGUAAUUUACCAAGAAGUAAAUUGGCCAGCUCAUAGAAUUUUGAUAUAGGUUUAGGUGACAAGCAGAUCCCUCUUGAAUUGAUUUGGACUUGCAGUUGUAGGUGUGGCAGAUUCCUUGCUUCAUGUUGAUGCCCAUCAUGUUGUUAUUUGUAAUAUUGGUUUUAAGUCAUUUUUAUAACCACCCCCCCUCCCCUUCCCUUCUCUCUCCCUCUUCCUCUUGUGCCUUUUUUAGUGUCAAUUGUAGUAGAAAUGGUAUAAUGUUAGUCUCUCUCUGGAAGAUUGUCCAAUUAUAAAUAGAAUCACAGAAUUUAUCCAAA